UUCAAAUUAGUUCUGUAAAUGUUUACACAAAGUAACUGUAGGGUCUUAUCUUACUGAAAGUAGCCAGGUUCAGGUUUUAUUAUAUAGAAUAUGGUAAAGUCUCAAGUUUUGGGGUAAUUUUAUGUAAUACGGUAAUCUUUUUUUCUCUGCUGACACUCUGGGUCAACAUCUGUUCUAAAUGUGCUCCAUAAACAACGGUGAUUUUACUAGAUGUCUGUGGCUGCUGAUAAAUAUCUGCCACCCAACACCAAUAACAGUCAAACAACAAAACAACAUGUGAUCUAACAGAAUAAGAAGGAAGAGUUUUCACACAGACCCUCACUGAAUAUGGCUCCAGCUAACAAAGACUUCCUGUUUACAUGAACAAUAUGAGGAACUAAAAUGGUAAUAAGUGCUCUGAUGGUUAAUUUUCUGUCUUUAGUGUUUGCUGUAUUUCAGUCACACCUGUUUCCUUGCAGUGUUCCUCCACGCCUGCAGAGCGCUGGCCGUCUGCGCCGUCAUCACCGGCUUCUUCGGAGGCGUCCUCACGCUGAUAGGGAUGAAAUGCACUAAAAUAGGAGGCUCAGAGAUCGCCAACGCCAGGGUGACGUUUGCUGGAGGGAUAACCUACCUGGUGUCAGGAUUCUGUGGUAUGAUCACCUAUUCAUGGUGGGCCAACAAAAUCAUCACUGAGUUUGUGGAUCCAAAUUUCGUGGAACAGAAAUUUGAACUUGGAGCUGCUCUUUUCGUCGGCUGGGGAGGCUCCAUCCUGCUCAUCUCAGGAGGGACGGUGUUGACUACCUUCGCUGGAAAAGAAGGUCUACCAUCAAGCUCAUCAGAUCGGCCACGGAGGCCGGUUUCUUACGCCACUGGCCGAACCAGACGGACCUACAUGCUGCCGGCCUCAUCAUCGCGAGUGACUCUGGUGCCACCGCUGUUCUAUGAAGGCAGGAAGAGCCGAGCAACCAGAGCGACGACGAAGACCGGUCGAACCUUCAGCAGGGACAGCUUCGUCUGAGCUGGACCGGAACUCAGAGCCGAGGGAGUGACUAGACUGACAUUUUUAGGGAACAUGUUAACAUGCUUUCUUACCGAGAGGGAAAUGAAAAGAUUGAUACCACCGCCAUGUCAAUAUGGAGCCGCUUAGCUUAGCAUAAAUACUGUAACGUACACUAGCGUUCAAAGGUUUGGGGUCACCCAGACAAUUCCAUGUUUUCCAUGAAAACUUCCAUUUUUAUCCAUGUACUAACAUAACUGCACAAGGGUUUUCUAAUCAUCAAUGAGCCUUUCAACAGCAUUAGCUAACACAAUGUAGCAUUAGAACACAGGAGUGAUGGUUGCUGGAAAUGUUCCUCUGUACUCCUAUGGAGAUAUUCCAUGAAACAUUUCCAGCUAGAAUAGUCAUUUACUACAUUAACAAUGUCUACACUGGAUUUAUCAUUCAUUUAAUGUCAUCCUCAUUGGAAAAAAAAAAAAUUCUUUCAAAAUAAGGACAUUUCUAAGCGACCCCAAACUUUUGAAUGGUAGAGUUUAUGUGUAACAGUACGUGGAAACAGCUAAAUUGACUGUCAGGUGACUUUUCUUUCCUUUGUUUCUGGUCUAAAUGCUAAGCCAAGCUAAAUAUCCACUGCAGAGGUGUCAAACAUAAGGUGACUUUGCAAAGUGUAAAAAUCACAAAGGUGAAAAUGAAUCCUUGAUGUGAAACCUUGUAUAAUGUGAGUCAGCAGCUUCAGUAUAACAGAGUUUGGUUUGGUGGAACCUUAUUUUUACAUAUUUUUUUUAAUGUAUGAUUUUUAUACAUCUACAAAGCAGGGGAACAACUUUACCUUUUCCUUAAUAGUUCCAAUUUUAGUUUGUAUGGUGUCAGGAUUACUACUAGAUGUGGAAAUGAAUGUAAAUUUAAAAUGAUUUCUCGUUCUUGACAAGUUGUAAAAUACUGUAUUGUUCAGUUCCAGACACCUGCAACUAAAGGUUUUGUGCCUUUGUCUGUCUAUUUGUGCUUGUUUGUCAUCUUGUGAUUGGAAUACUGCUCUUUUUAAUUGUUUUACGUCUUUGAAGUGAUUUUCUGUGACAUUGUGGUUAUUUUGCAUCUCCAUGUCGCUUUUUGCAUCACUUCGUCUUUUGCUCUGUUUCUGUGUAGCUGUUUGCUUCCUCAUUGGCUUGUCAUCUUUCUUGUUCAUUUGUUUUGUUGUUUAUUCAUUUCCUUGUUUAUGUCAUUGUUUUUAUUCUCGUUACAUCCUAUUCUGCCUCUUUCAGGUCGUUUUCUGUCUUCCUGUGGUUGUUUUCUGUCUUUCUGUGGUUGUUUUCUGUCUCUGUGGUUGUUUUCUGUCUCUCUGUGGUUGUUUUGUCUUUUUGUGGUUGUAUUCUGUCUUUUUGUGGUUAGACACAGUGUGAUCUGUAAGUUGUAAUGUGUAAAUGAUAAACUGAGGCAUAAUACUGUUUAAAAUUUUGCUUAUUUUUCUAAAGAAAUUUCAGGUUGUUUAUAAUGUUCUGUAAAAAGAUAAUUCCUUAAAUGUGAACAUUUUCAGAAUGUACUUUUUUGCAAUAAAACAAGGGAAAAUUUGAAGUUGUGGUGAUUUAUUGGUUACUAUGUCCUGAUUUUUGGCACAUUUGAGAUCAAAUUGGGCUGAAUGUGGAACCUGAACUAAGAUGAGUUUGACAGCCCUGGUCUACUGGAUGGAGAGGUAUCAGAGUGAAAUCAGUCUUUUCAUCCAACUUGCUGCAAGAAUGCAAAUAAGUGAACACUUCAUAAAUAAUAUAAAUAUACAUAAAUUCUGCUUAACAAUAACUGCUGUUUGAAUUUGAGAGCCAUUUUUGUCUUUUAUCAGGAAGCAUCCAUCGUCUACUGAGGCUGUAGAUCUUUUUUGUCUUUUUGCUUUGUUCUUUCGAUGCACACUGAGGUUCAGUAUAAAAGAGAACAUGAAUAUGACAACA